UUUGUGGAGCCGAGUGGCCCAGGCACAUAAUGCGCUGAACACCGUUGAUUGUUCAAACUCAUUCUACGUGCUUGCAUCUUAGCCCUUCCUCAAACUUGUUAUCGCUCUGUCUGUAGACUACAAACGCAGCCAUGGCUCCUUCACCCCUGCCGGAGGGCUUCCUCUCGGGCCCAGCGCCGAACUUGACUCGCACUAACAUCGAUCUUCACAAGAACGGUAUCUUGCCCGGGUACACGGACAUCUGGGCUGUAGUCCUAGAUGGAGUGCUAUCCGAGAAAGAGUGCGACGAGCUCAUUGCGGGAGCAGAGGCGACAACUGAUGGCAAGUGGGAGCGUGCUAUGGUCAACAUCGGGUGCGGUCAGCAAGCCAUGUACGAGGACAUCAGGAAAUGCGGGCGCAUCAUCUGGGACGAUAGAGAUCUGGUAGCGAAGUUGUGGGCGAGAAUCGAGGGUGCCGUGCCUGAAAUCCACGAGCUGAAUAAUUGGCCAAACGUCACCGGCAAUGGACCCGCGAAACGUAACGAGACAUGGAAGCUGACAAGGCUGAACGAACGCAUGAGGUAUUUGAAAUAUGUUGGCGGGGAGUACUUUAAACCGCACUGUGACGGCACAUACGAGACACCAGAUCUUAAAGAGCGCUCGUACUUCACGCUGCACCUGUAUCUCAACGACGCAGACGACAGCAGAGGCCAAGAACCGCUCAUAGGCGGCGCCACCACGUUCCACUCUUACAAUAUGCAGAGCCGUGUCGAUGUUGUACCCAAGUACGGCCGAGUGCUCCUAUUCCAGCACCGCUUUCUCCUCCACUCCGGCGACGACGUUGUAAGCGGGACGAAGUACACCAUGCGAACAGAUGUCAUGUUCACAAAAGAAGCGGCGGAGAAAGCGGGCUCCACGCGCUUGCACGGCUGAUGGCAGUCUAGGAGCUGUGCGCUUUCGUGUGCGUCUGGGAGCAGCACCGGGCAGCAUUGAGUAGACGUGACUCAACAUAUGUCCUUUGUUAGCAGUAUCCUAGGAACAGUAAAAUGGCAGGAGC